AUGUUACCUGGCUUUGAUAAGGUACGUCAUAUGAUGGACGAAAGCUUAGCCCCUUUUCACCGGAAUCGAAGCAGAUUGCCUCGGAAACAGCGUCAACAAGAAUGUUCCAGUAAAGCCAAUCUACAGCUGGUCAAGAAGAAUCCGUCGUCGUCUUCUGGUGGAACCGAGCUUCGAAUCUCUUCACGCAACCCUUUCACACGAAACGGAAGUAAGCUCACCAAUUAUGAAACAAAAGAUUCCUCGAAACCCAACCUUUCUUCUUGCAUUCAAGUGCAUCCUUUUCACGCUCCAUUUGCAGCCCUUUACUUUUCAACAGCAUGUAGGAAAAGCAUAUGA